CAUUGUUUACGGACUUCCCAUUUCCAUUGUUUUGAUAAUGGCCCCAAGGUCAGGGAAAAGCAAGUCAAGCAGAGCUAAAGCUGAGAAGAAGAAGAAAGAGGAGAAAAUUGUUCCUCAUGUUAUUGACAUCACUGUCGUUACUCCUUGUGAAUUCCAAGUUGUACUCAAGGGUAUCUCCACUGACAAGAUACUUGAUGUAAGAAGACUGUUGGCUUGUCAUGUGGAGACAUGUCACCUUACAAACUAUUCUUUAGCUCAUGAGGUUAAAGGGAAGAGGUUGAAUGAGAAGGUGGAGAUUGUUACACUGAAACCGUGUUUGCUCAGAGUGGUUGAAGAGGACUACACGGAAGAAGCUCAGGCGCUGGCACACGUGCGGAGACUCCUAGACAUCGUAGCCUGCACCACCAGAUUCUCCAAGCCCAAACGACUCCGAUCGCAAUCAUCUUCGCCAUCAACGCCGUCUGAUUCAAAAUCCAAAAAGGUAAAUAGCAAGCACUGCCAGGCAACCAACAAUGCUCCUCCUCCGCCUGAAGCAACCUCGAUUUCGGAGAGCUUGGACAUGGCCGCCAUUCAUCCGACCCCGAAGUUGUCGGACUUUUACGAUUUCUUUUCCUUCUCUCACCUCUCUCCUCCCAUACUCACAGAUUUGAGGAAAUGCGACUCCAAAGAAGUAGAAGGGCAGCGUGAUGGUGACUAUUUUGCAAUGCAGAUAAAAAUCUGCAAUGGGAAGUUAAUACAGGUUGUUGCAUCAAUAAAAGGGUUUCACACUGUUGGAAAGCACUUCUUCCAAAGCCACUCUUUGUUAGAUGUUUUGCAAAAUCUCAGCCAAGCCUUUUCCAAUGCGUAUGAAUCCCUUACGAAGGCUUUUGUAGGACACAAUAAGUUUGGUAAUCUUCCCUAUGGGUUUCGUGCAAAUACAUGGCUUGUCCCUCCCCCAGUUGGUGAGUGUCCAUCAAACUUCCCCUCUUUCCCAUCAGAAGAUGAGCAAUGGGGUGGUAAUGGUGGAGGCCAGGGAAGAAAUGGUGAAUAUGAUCUUCGCCCGUGGGCUACAGAUUUUUUUAUUUUAGCUAGCCUCCCUUGCAAAACCGAGGAGGAGAGGACUGUUCGAGAUCGCAAGGCCUUUUUGCUCCAUAGCCAGUUUAUUGAUGUGUCAAUCCUUAAAGCUGUUGCUGCAAUACAACAUGUUAUGAAUUCGAUCUUAAAUGAAAAGGGCCUUGCAAAUUGCCAUCCAGACUCCGUCCUUCAUGAGGAACGCAUUGGUGACUUAUCCAUUAUGGUAAAACAUGACUUGGCAGAAGUGGAUCCUAAGUCUGAGGUAAAGUUUGUUGGCAAUCAAUCAUCUGGCAAGACUGCUAAUGAAAAUGCUCAAAGGAAUUUGCUUAAAGGGAUAACUGCUGAUGAGAAUGUAAUUGUCCAUGAUACUUCCUCAUUGGGCACUGUCACUGUUAAGCAUUGUGGGUACACUGCAACUGUAACUGUUGUUGGUGACGUGAAGAAGGAAAAAUCUGGUGCUCUGGAUAUUGAAGUUGAUGAUCAGCCAGAUGGGGGAGCAAAUGCUCUUAAUAUUAACAGCCUAAGGAUUUUACUUCACAAAUCCUUCCCUGCGGAAUUGAGUGGAUGUAGGGAGUCAAAUCAAUCCAACUUGACUGAUUCUGAAUCUUCUGGAUGUCUUGUUCAGCGAGUAAUCAAAGAGAGCUUGACAAAAUUAGAGGAGAAUUCAGUUGCUCCUGAAAGGGCUAUUAGAUGGGAACUUGGUUCAUGUUGGGUGCAACAUCUACAAAAACAGGAAACUUCUACAGAUCCUGCUUCAAAAGGACCUGCUAAUGAUUGCAACGCUGAAUCAGCUGUCAAGGGUCUUGGAAAGCAAUUUAAAUUUUUAAAGAAAAGGGACAAAAAACCAAGCAAUGUUAGUAGCGCAAUUGACAAGGAAGAAAAUGAUUCUGAGCCAUGCAGUGUGAAUGUGAAGUCUGAUCUAUCUCAGGAAAGCAAUGGUGAGUUCCACAGUGAGAUGGAAUUGAAGAACCUGACUUCUGCAGAAGCUUUCUCACGUCUCGAAGAAAGUGGAACUGGUCUUCACUUAAAGUCAGUGGAGGAUCUUAUUAAGAUGGCAUACAAGUAUUACGAUGACAUUGCUCUGCCAAAACUGGUAACAGACUUUGGAUCGCUUGAACUUUCUCCUGUUGAUGGUCGUACACUAACCGACUUCAUGCAUUUAAGGGGAUUACAGAUGCACUCUUUGGGUCGUGUGGUUGAACUUGCUGAUAAGCUUCCUCAUAUACAAUCACUUUGCAUCCAUGAGAUGAUUACUCGGGCUUUGAAGCAUGUAGUGAAAGCAGUUGUGGCAUCAGUUGAAAACUUCGAUGAUUUACCUGCAGUUAUAGCUUCAGCCCUGAAUUUCUUACUUGGGAGUGGUGGAGGCGAAGAUAAUGUCAAAAAUGAAAAUGAUGACUAUUUACUCAAAUUGAAGUGGUUAAGAAAGUUUCUUGCAGCAAAGUACGGUUGGAAACUAAGAGAUGAAUUCCAGCAUAUACGAAAACUAUCCAUUCUUCGAGGACUUUGCCAUAAGAUUGGUCUAGAGUUGGUUCCUAGAGAUUAUGAUAUGGAAUGCCCCAAGCCCUUCAGAAGUUGCGAUAUUAUCAGCAUGUAUCCUGUCUGUAAGCAUGUAGGAUGCUCUUCCACUGAUGGUCGAACAUUGUUGGAGUCAUCCAAGAUUGCUCUUGAUAAAGGGAAACUAGAGGAUGCGGUUAACUAUGGGACAAAGGCAUUGGCAAAGAUGAUAGCUGUAUGUGGUCCAUAUCAUCGAACUACAGCGAGUGCUUACAGUCUUCUCGCGGUGGUUCUCUACCAUACUGGAGAUUUCAAUCAGGCAGCUAUAUAUCAACAGAAAGCUUUGGAUAUUAAUGAGAGGGAGCUUGGUCUUGACCAUCCGGAUACGAUGAAAAGCUAUGGGGAUCUUUCUGUAUUCUAUUAUCGGCUCCAACACAUGGAAAUGGCUUUGAAAUAUGUAAACCGUGCUUUAUUCCUUCUUCAUUUCACUUGCGGAUUGUCUCACCCUAACACUGCUGCGACGUAUAUAAAUGUGGCUAUGAUGGAAGAAGGCAUGGGAAAUGUUCAUGUUGCUCUCAGAUACCUACAUGAAGCUCUUAAGUGCAACCAGAGACUACUAGGAGCUGAUCAUAUACAGACUGCUGCAAGCUAUCAUGCUAUUGCCAUUGCUCUUUCUUUGAUGGAAGCUUAUUCUUUAAGUGUGCAACAUGAGCAAACUACACUCAAGAUACUUCAAGCGAAACUCGGACCAGAUGACCUUCGUACACAGGAUGCUGCAGCCUGGCUUGAAUACUUUGAAUCAAAGGCUCUAGAACAGCAAGAAGCAGCACGAACUGGAACUCCGAAGCCUGAUGCAUCGAUUGCAAGCAAAGGUCAUCUUAGUGUAUCAGAUCUCCUCGAUUACAUUAGUCCCGAUCAAUAUUCUAAAGGAAGCGAUGCACAGAGGAAGCAACGGCGUUCUAAGAUUAAUGAUAAAGCUCAUAAUGCGCAUCACAACUUAGAAACAGAUGGUGCUGUGUUUGAUGAUGUAUUGGAGAAACCUAUAGCCACUGCGGAUAUUAAUGAAAUAGAUACAGUGAUUUCUAUUCAUCCAAAAGAACCAGAAGAAACCGACAAUCUUAGUAGAGUUGAGCAAACUAUUACAACCGAAAUUGUUGAAGAUACAACUUCAGAUGAAGGGUGGCAAGAAGCCAACUCGAAAGGUCGGUUAGGAAAUGCCAAUGGAAAGAAGUACGGAAGGAAGAAACCUGUUCUUGCAAAGCUAAAGGUGAACAGUUAUGAGUAUUCAAAUGGUAGAGAGAGUGGCACUAGGCGAGAAAUUAUUUCACCUGUAGGAAAAACCGUCUCGAAGAACAUCACAAAGGAAAUGCUGCCGGUUAAGCAAUCGAAGCCUUCCAGCUCGAAUCUUGGAGGGAGUUCAAAUAGCUUACAAGCUUCUGUUUCCAGAGGUUUGUCCCCUUCAGCCAAUCUUAAUGCCAUUGCUUCAAAAUCGCUGUCCUACAAAGAAGUAGCUGCAGCACCUCCAGGUACAGUUCUAAAACCGUUACCAGAGAAGAUAGAAGAAAAAACUCGGGGGAAAACAGAACAGCCAAUGUGCACUGCCCCAGCUGAGACAGCGAUUGUGGAGGAUGGGAACAACAUCUCUGUCGAUGAUGUAGCGAAUGAUGAUGGUGAAACUGAAGGAACUCGUGAUAGUGAAAGCCAAUCAGAAGAAACUGCUCCUGAACUUGACAAGGUUUCUUCUAGUAGUCAGGAAAAGCCUUUAGAAGCGAAGGGGAGUAAGCUAUCGGCAUCAGCUGAACCAUUCAAUCCCGGAGCAAUCUAUAACCCGAUAAACUCAGUUGCUGUUACAUGUGUUUAUGAUGUAACAACCAGUCAAGGCAUGCUAGCCGAGCCUGUUGUACCUCCAGUUGCUGCUCGAGUUCCUUGUGGACCAAGGUCGCCAUUGUUCUACAGAAACAGCCAUUCUUACAGCAUGAAACCUGGCUUCCUGAGAUAUCAAACUCCUAUUUUGGAACAAAAUGGAUUCGGUUCUCUGAAAGUUAUGAACCCUCACGCACCCGAGUUCGUUCCAAGUAAAAGUUGGCAAACGACUGCAACUGGUGAUUCAAGUGUCUCAGAAGAAGUUAUGAACACAGAAGUAAAGGAAGUCGACAAGAAGUCCAGUAGGGAAGUUAAAGAUUCUAAUCCGAAAAAGAGCAGCGCAGAGGAGAAAUCCGAGCUCGCUAGGCAGAUUUUACUUGGCUUCAUUGUCCGAUCAGCCAAGCAGAACAUGGAGGGUGCAAGUGAACCUGCUGUUAGUAACAAAAGGCUCAACCGUUGGGAAAACUCUUCGGAUGCAGUCACAAAUGACACCGCAAUAGUAAAAAUUCUUUAUGGGAAUGAAGCAAAGGACUUGGAUUCUCAAUCCAGCAACAAUGAAGAAGUGAAACCGGGAGACGGCGAAGGCUUUACAGUGGUAACAAAACGGCGAAGAAACCGGCAACAACUUACGAAUGGAGAAACAGAGCUAUACAAUCAGCAAUCAAUAUGUGCUUCUGUGAGAUGAAGGAAUAAGGUGAUUAUGUUCCAUUAAUUUCCAGUUUUAUUUUUAUCAUAUCCUCUUGCUUCCAUAUUAACAAAGUAGAAAUGGUUGGAAAAGCAAUUUAGAGAGAAACGUAGUCCAAACUGCUUCUUUAGUUCCAACUUUAUAUUGAGAACAGCUUGGUAUUUCGCUAAUAAUCUCUGUAAAUUGGUUCUCUCGUUUAGAGAUUUUGUUUGAUCAAUAAAAAGGCCAAUUGGUAAUUUUC